AUGGCACUUCCACUACUUCCAAGAGCUACUCUUCUACUCGUCAUCCUCUCAAGCACAGCACUUUGUUUCCAUUCUGCUGAUCUAGGAGAAAGUUGGACAGAUGGAACCAGGGAUGAAGAUGAAGGUCGUUGGCGAAGUGAUGACAGGACAAUCCGACCAGCUCUUAAGGGGCGGAGGCUAGCACAGGAUAGUUGGAUAGACCCCUUCCAAGAGCGGCUUCCAGGGCAGGGCGAUUCAAAUAGUCUUUUCAGACGUUGGUUUGGAAAUAAGGCAACAUCCAAGGUUGCGCUGGCUGUGGAGGAGGGGCGCAAGCGGUUGGAAGUUGUGAGCGCAGCCAUGGCCAAGCGGGCCAAGGCGCUCGGUCAAGACCCUCUGUAUUCACCGGAAGACAAGGUUGUCAGCAAAGCUGCGGCGCAGCUAGCGGCAAAACUCGCGACGGCAGGCGAAGAGGGGGCGUCCCGGGGGGGGAGGUUUGCAGACAGAGAGUUAGAGGGGAAAGGGAGCGGAGGGAAGAGGCUGAGUCCGCUGGACUUGGCCAAACAGAAAAUCAAGAAGGACAAAGAGGACAUGUAUGUAGAAGGGGUGCUGGAAGCGGGGAACAAUGAGGGCGAGAGGGACUUUAUAAUCGUUGAGGAUCCGGCGUGGGAGGAGGGCAUCGUAAACGAAUUUGUGCGGCAGUAUGUGAAGGAGCUGCAAGGGGACUACGAGGGUUUGGAUGAUACGAUGCACUUUCAGAUUGAUCGGGUGGAGUCGCAGAUCCGGGAAUAUGCGCGGGCGCAGGCAGAUGCGGUGUGGAAGGCGUGGGAGGACGUGGUAGACAAUGAAAAACGGAAAGUGGGCCUAAGGGACAGCACCACGUCAGCUGGCCAGCUUCUUGAUACGCAACGAUCCGAUUGA